CAUCUACAGAUGGCCUACUAUCAUGUCACAUAGGUUAUAGUGUAGGAUAGGACAGCUUACAUGCUGGAAACGUACAUGCUGGAAACGAGGCUUACUGCUAUUGCUCUUUCCUACGGGAGAAGGCUCUUUCCUACCGGAGAAGACUUGCCAUAUGAGCUUGCCGCUCGCUCGCCUAAAUCUUCAAUGAGAGGUUCGCCCAUGGCCACAGUGAAUGUUCGCGACUGCAUACUCCAUUUCACUAUCUCCGGAUUCAGUGCUCUCAGGCACAUGUUUAUAUGACCAUUUGUGACUUCGACUAAUAACAAAAACGGCGUGUUUCAGUCAAUUAUGAAAUGAGAAGAAUACGGAAUCUAAAUCCAACAGGCGCUGGCUGGCAACGAGAUUAACCCGCGGAUCUGACUUUGGCUUGGUCUUAUCAUUCGAGACACCAUGAGGAAGUGCAGUCCCUGGACGUUUCUCCCUAUCAUGUACUCUCUCUUCACAGCCGCUGGACUCUGGGUUGUGUAUUUUAUAGCUGUUGAAGAUGAGAAGAUAACACCCCUGAGUUCAGAAUACAAGCGAUCUGGAACUAAAUCCCCUCCAUAUAUAAGCAUUGCAGGCAAUGCUCCCCCAGCCAGCUGUGUAUUUAGCCAGGUCAUGAACCUGGCUGCCUUCGUAGGUUUCAUCAUUGGUGUCCUCAGAUACCUGCAGCUGAAGCCCCGGGUCCACAAACCCUGGCUCAAUAUUGGCAGUCUGGUGGCCCUGUCCCUGGCCUGCUUCGGCAUGACCUUGGUGGGAAACUUCCAGCUGUCAAAUGACGAGGAGCUCCACAACAUUGGGACGUCCAUGACGUUUGGCCUGGGGACGUUGUUCUGCUGGGUGCAAUCUGUCAUCACCCUGAAGGUCAACCUGAGGAACGAGGGCCGGAGGGCAGGCAUCCCUCGCUUCCUGCUGUCAGGGGCCGUCACCGCCUGCAUGCUGCUCUACUUUGCCCUGAUGGCGCAACGUCUUCACAUGCAUGCGGCGCGGGCGCAGUGGGCGCUGGUCAUGUUCUUCCUGGGCUUCCUCGCCACCUUUGCCAUUGAGUUCAGACACUACCACUUCGAGAUCGUCUGCACCGAUGACCGCGACCCGCCUCUCAGCCUGUCAGAAACCUUCUCCGAGGUGUCAGAGUACCAGUCUGACCAGCUAUAGCUUGGCUCUGGAGUACUACAAAACAGUUAGGUUAGGUUGCCUGUGGUUGUCAGUUGGGGGAAAUGUACAAAUGAACAUGAUAUUUGUAAGGGUCAAGGAAUCCAGUGGGUCUGUUAGUUACUGAAGAAGAGUUAGUCAACCACUACUGCAUGUCUGCCUGUUUAAACGCAAUAACCUGUGAACGACUGCGUCUUUCUACUACUAUUGUACGUUGAGGUGAUCUUUCAAAAGCAACAAACUUUCCAUAAGCACAAAGAAAUCAUUACCUUUGUCAUCUCAUAAACAGUAACAGGGGUGUUUGCUAAAAGUUGCUAAACGGUUUCAUUGAAGAUGGAUGUGCAUGACUGUUUAUCAUGUAGCGGUGAGUUGUAGAAGGAUAGAUAACUCAUAUCUCAGAUUGAUAGUGACACUAUGUCACGAGAAUUUCUAUCUCAAUGUUUCAAACUGAACUCUUAUAUUACUCAAUCUGUAUCCCAGAGGUUGUAAAUCUCUAAUAAACAGUCUCCCAGUU